AUGCGUGACAUCUCAAGGCAUUCUCGAUAUAUCGAAGAUAAAAGUCAAAGCAUCAUUAUUUGGAUAUACAACACUGUGGCUACGAUAGCAGUUGUCCUAAUAAGUGUACUACUGCAUUUGAGUUUUGGUGACGACUAUCUUGAAGGAGGUGGACAAGAAGACUCCCCAUCUUACAAAAAUACAGUAUAUGCAUUACUGGGCUCUAAUCUCACUUUUCUCUGCGGUAUAUCUCGUGACACCGCCCGACAAGGAACUUGGUAUUAUGGUAAAAAUGGAGACGGAGAUAAGCCAAUCAAUACGACGGAUUUUCCAAAAAUCAAAUUAUCCACCUAUGAAAUGGAAAUUACAAAUGUAAACUAUAGCGACAUGGGAUUUUACAUCUGCAAAAUCGAAGACGAUCGAAGAUCUUAUAUGGAAAUAAAGCUUAACGUGGGAAAGCUACCAAGCAAAGCUACAAACAUCUCUGUAGAACCUCUGAUCACAAACGACGAAUUUUCCAUUCUUGAAAUUGAAUUUGGUCUACCACAAAUCGACGGCUACGAACGCUAUAUAUUUGAAAUAGUUGGUAUCAACGAUAUGAAUUCGUCUACGCAUGAGUGGCAACCAGCUUUCAAUGCUGAUUCUAAAAAAUGUUGCAAAAUCAGAUAUACACAUUACGGCACGUCGAUAGGAGGAUUGAUGCGUUUAGCCAUAGCGAACGAAUACGGAAAAAGCGAGUACAUCGAAUCAGGUCCUUUCGUGUUUCCAAAUCGACCAUUUCCACCAUUUCUCCGUCUCAAAGUGGUACAUGAAGGAAAAAGGAAACUAUAUCUUGAAUGGGAAAAGCAAUGCGAGCAUGCUUCACUUUUCAAGAGCUAUAAGCUACGGUACCGAAACCUACAGUUUCCACUGAACUGGACGACUAUCAGUAUCCCAAAGGAAAAUUCCUAUAGCGAGAUCGAUGUAGCGUCAGAUGCAGACUAUGUUUUCAACCUCGUAGGAGAAGGCGAGAGUCAAAAUUACUACUCCGAUCAAAUUUAUUACCACACCAAACCUCAGAGCCCAAUAGUUGGCAAAUUUGAGUUCACGAAUAUUUCAUCAAAGCGUUUGUCGGUAAAAUUUUUUCCGCCUUCAGAGUUUGCAGGAAAGAAUUUCAGUUUCGAGGUAAUCAUUCAUGAAGGAAAUGCCACUGCAUCCAAACUCAUUCUUUUUCCCAAUUCGAGCGAUUUUUUGAUGAAUAUAACCAAUUUGAAACCAAAUGGUGCGAUUGAUUAUAAGCCUCAACUUUAUGCAGGAGAAAAUUUUACGGAAAAUCUUUAUGUGAAAACAUUGGAGGAUAUUCCUGAAGCAGUCACUAACCUCACCACGCGCUUCCUUCCACCUACAAUUCGAUGGAAACUGAACAAAUUACCUGAUAAUCUCUUCUUUGUUGAACAAUGCGACACUUCAUACGAAAUCAAGGUUUUUUACCAGGACGAACACUACAGCGUGUUUGUGAGCGCUAGAACAUUAGCUGGAUAUGGCCCCGAACGCUCUACCUCGUUUAAAGUUGGCUCACCUCCUGAUUCUCCCAGUGUUGAAGAUACUAUAUAUGCAGUAAAAGGAACAGAUGUCACUUUGUUUUGUGGUAAAUCAGCAGAAUCAGCAAAGAAAGGAGAUUGGUAUUUUAGGCGGCAGGGAAGUCCAGACAAAAUGAAUAUCGCCAAAGAAGUUCACGCAAAUAUCGAUGUACACCUUGACAGGCUGACAAUCAAAGGGGUGACAAACGAUAAUGAAGGGCACUAUCUAUGCCAAGUUCGGAAUAAAGCUUACAAAUUGAUCAAUCUUGAAGUGGGAGAAUUACCAAACAAAGCUGAGAUACUCCUUGUUAACCCUGAAGUUAUAAACAACAAGUAUGCUAUUCUUAGAGUUGGGUUUCGGCAAAUCGAAGAUGAUCAGCAUUAUCUCUUCGAGAUUACUGCUUUAAACGAUGAUGGUUCAUCCAAAAAUGAGUGGAUCCCAGCUUUUUCUGCUAAAAAACAGGAGAUCGAUGUCGAGGAAAAUACGGACUACGUUUUUCAACUUGUUGCAAGAGGUAAUAAAACUGAAGAAUUUUACAGCGAACAGCUUUAUCACCACACCAAAUACCAAAACGAAGCUGCUGGUGUUUUCAAUUUUCUAAGAAUUCGUUCAAGGCAAUUGGAAGUAGAUUUCUCUCCAUCUCAGAAGUAUGCGGACAAAGAUUUCUCGUUCAAGCUAUUCAUCCAUAAGGGAAAAACCGCUUCAACGCCAAAAAAUUUCACCCUACAAUCAAAAAAGAAAUUUCCGAUGAAGAUAAGCCUCGUACCAUAUGAACCGUAUUUUAUACGGGUAGAAUAUCAGCCUAAAGAUGGUGGCCAAGACCCACCUCGUUUUAACACAGAAAUGUAUUAUGUUAGAGCUUCUGAAGAUCUUCCCGAGAAAGUCACCCAGCUCACGAAGCGCCAUCUUCCCCCGACAAAAGAAUAUGCUUUGAAAAACGUCACAUGGGACGCACCGAUGACCAAAAAUGGGGUUAUACUAGGAUACAAGGUCAAUAAAGUUUAUCUACGUACUCAGCAACUGUAG